UGGGCGCGGAGCGCGGGGGCGGGAGCGCGGCGGCGGCGGAGGGCGAGGGCCCGGCGGGGCAGCGCGAUCGCGCCGGCGGGGAGCCGGGGGCCGGGGCGCGGGGGGUGCCGGGCCUGCCGUGCCGCCUCUCGGCUCUGCCCGCAGGUCCCGGGCGCGCAGCCCUCGGCCCGCCGCCGCCUGCCCCGGGUCCCGGAGCGCGGUGGAGGAGCCCCGCGAGGAGCCGGGGGCCCGCGCCCCGCGCCCCCCAGACAUGGUGGGCCACCUGCAUCUGCAGGGCAUGGAGGAGAGCCUCAAGGAGAAGAGCCGGGAGGGCCUGCUGGACAGCCCAGACUCCGGGUUGCCCCCCAGCCCCAGCCCCAGCCCGCCCUUCUACUCCCCGGCGCCUGGCAUCCUCGACGCCCGCGCCGGGGGCGCCGGCGCCUCCUCGGAGCCCCCCGGACCCGGCGAGGCCAGAGCGCCCCCGCCCCUCCCCCCGAAGCCACCAGCGCUCGAGAUGCGGCCCCGGAUGCUGCCCGUGUUCUUUGGGGAGAGCAUUGAGGUGAACCCUGAACCCACACACGAGAUCCGCUGCAACUCUGAGGUCAAGUACGCCUCGGAGAAGCACUUCCGGGACAAGGUCUUCUACGCGCCGGUGCCCACGGUCACGGCCUACAGCGAGACCAUCGUGGCGGCGCCCAACUGCACGUGGCGCAGCUACCGCAGCCAGCUGACCCUGGAGCCGCGGCCGCGCGCACUGCGCUUCCGCAGCACCACCAUCAUCUUUCCGAAGCGCGCGCGCAGCUCCUUCCGCACCACCCUGAUGGGGGCCAGGGGUGAGAGCCAGGAGGGGUGGUGGGGCCAAGGACAGGUCUACCUCACUGUGGGGAAGAGGCCUCCGCAGAUCUGCGUGCACCAGCAGGACGCAGCCCAGCCUCGGGCCCGCGAGAAGGCAGCCCGCUCCGAGACGGGAGCCUGUGCAGCCCCGCACGCCGGUCACGGCCUCGCAGCCACUACGCUCAUUCAGCUGCAGCUGCCUGAGCCGCGGUCGCCAUCCUGA